UCUCUGCCACAAAGCAGCUUUGUCUGACCUCACAGACCAGCUAAUAAACACUCAAGUGGAUGAGUCCUCUCUCUGCCUCCAUCCUUACCCCGCCCACCCUUGUCUCUCUCUCCCUAACCUCUUCCAACUUCUCAUUCUCCUCAGAAGCAUAAAAGCCAGGACCCCGAGAGCUGCUGAGUGUGGCCGACUGCACCCAGCCUCCGUCAUCUGUGUGCUGUGUUCUUCCAGCUUCGGAAUGGCCUGCUCCAUGCACCUGGUCCUCCUUGUCGCCAUCUUGCUGAGCCUGGCAGGGACGCCCGAGACUGUGCCUGUUCGCAGGGGACGAGGAGGAUGGACCCUCAAUAGUGCUGGUUACCUCCUGGGUCCUGUCGUCCACCUUCCCUCAAAUGCAGACCAAGGCAGGAAGAGGGACUCGGCUCUUGAGAUCCUAGACCUGUGGAAGGCUAUCGAUGGACUCCCUUAUUCCCGCUCUCCACAGAUGACCAAGAGGAGCCUGGUAGAAACGUUUAUCAGACCAAAGAAUGAAGAUCUGCACGUCCUGGACAGGGAUAUUCACAGGGAAGCCGCCCUAAUAGAGACUUAGCCACGCCUCACCCCUCACUCUUUUCCAGCUCAUCCGGCCUUCCACCCCCUCUCAUUGCUCUGAA